UUAUAUUUCUUUAUCUACUUUCAGUUUCAUUAUUUGUAGCAGUUACUUUGAGUAAGUCAAAGAGACAUGUCAUUCAUGCGAGGAGAUCUUCUUACAAAGACAAGAAAACUUGUUAAGGGUUUGGCCAAAGCUGAACCGGCAUGGCUUAAAGCCAUGGAGCAGUCUCCACCAGCAACUUUUCCUCGUGCAGAUUGCAAGGUUAAGCAGAUCACUCUCCCAGAGGAUAUUUAUGUAAAGAAGUUCUCUAAAAAAUAUCCCGAGUCUACAUUUGAAGAUGCUAUCAAGAUCUCUGGAUUUCAACCUGAUCCAGCUCGAGUUUUUGGUUGUCGUGUGCUUGAGUUGAUGGAACAAGGAGGGAACGAGGAGGAAUCAAUAGCAGUUGCUGAUAUGGAAUACCGUUCUGAAAAGAAGGGGAAAAAGAAGGCAUAUUUAAGGUUAAAGGAAAUUGCGCAGCUUCAAGGAAAGAGUCCUCCUCCUAACCCAUAUCCAAGUGCAAUCAAAGAGAUACAAGCAGAAGAGAAGCCACUUGUCCGUGACCGUUUCUAUAAACCUGAGAUCCGCCAAUUACUGACUAAGAUGAAAGAGGACAAGGCAGCAGCUAUGCGCGAGAGAAUGAGGGGUCCUGGCCAAUUCGACUGAUUUAGUCAUCUUCUGCUCAUUGUGAGGGAUUGAUUACUUUAUUUAUUUUCCCGGAAUUAAAUUUCAGAAAUGAAUAACAUGACUGAAAAUUUGAAACUAGAAAGCCAUACUUCAUUUGUAUUGCAUGUUAGUUUUUAUAUGAAUUUUGUUGUUCUAGUGGUUUAUGCUUCCUGAGCUCCAACUUGUGAAGACAUAUAUUCGAUAUUAUUACUCAUAAUCAAUAAAAUUGAGUUUUGGCGGAUUCAAUAACAGGU